UUGUAGCGGAGGCUUUACGGCUCUUCCACGUACGCAUUGGUGCGAAAUAUCGCAUCGUGUGUUGUUGGAAACUGCACUUAACGUUCGGAAACUGUGCAGUUGCAUGAUAACGCGUUUGCGCAUGCGUCUUGAUUUGAAUUUAGUGUUGGGGUUGGCAGAGCGUCCGUUUUUAGCCGCACACUGGCUGCACCGGUUCCGUAGUUCAUCUCCUUCCUUCCGCAUUGGCGAGAGAAGGAUAAACUUUGAACUGGUGCAGCAAGUUCAGCUAAAAAAAAAAAAUAAACCAAGAGAUUGCGCGGUUUCUCAGGUUUUCUGUCAUUGAGGUUUCCAAGUGUACGUACUCUUGUAUCGUCCAGAUGCUUCGCAGCUGACCGUCUCGUGAGCUUCGUCGGCGAACUUGGCAGGAUGGAGAGUACGACGAGGGAAACGUGCGCGAAAUUUUUAAAGGCUCUCAAAACAAAAGGCUCGUGGUAUAUCGAGUUUGACACGUCUAUUACAGUUUUACAAGAGGAAGCCGCUGCGAGAGGAUUAGAAGACAAACUUCUCAGUCAGCUCGUAGAUGUUGUUAUACACAUAAACUUAGGUGCCUCCAAACGGGUGGCGCUGAUCAAAUGUCUGAUUCCAAGGUACAAGUUGUCUGAGGAAAUAGCGAAGUCUAUAAUCACUUGGUGUCUAUCCUCGCUGAAUAAUCUACCGCUCACCGUUUGCGCAAUUGUUGUACAAUGGAUCAUAGGUGUGUGGGAUUAUGAGUUAGUAGACAGGAAAGUGAUCAACAUAUAUUACGACGUCUUCUUCUAUACUAUGCUCAAGAAACAGAAACUGGAACGUUAUCUAGCACGUCUUAUCUACAUGCUGACAAGACCAGAAGAUGUUUCCCGCAGAGACGUCCUGAGAUUGUUAGCACGACAGAAAAAUUACUCUAAACCUCCAACACAUAUUACUGCAUUACUUUCCUUAUUUAAAUCGUAUAAACCAGAAUUGGUACCUGAGAAAAUACAGUCGGUGAAUAUAGAGAGUGUAUGGAAACCUAUAUCCGAGUUCAUACGAAUAGCAUUAGAAGAUGCCAGAGAUCGUACGGAAAUUCAACAAUUGCACCAAAGCACUCAGGCUCAUUUCGAUUGGAAUGUAAUGCUGAGUACGAAAGCUAAAAGGAGGAAGAAAGCGCUUCUACCGUCUGUAGGUUAUUUUCACAUUGGUUCAAGUAUUUUUAAAGAUAAAGAUGCAAAGUCCAUUUUUGAUAUAAGCAAUAUAGAAGAAUUGGGAAAGUAUCAGCAGAAUGUGGAAUUGCCUUGUAAUGCCGUUUCACUUUUGGCGAAUAUGGUUGGUUACCAUCUUCUUACAUAUGUAGACUUUCCGUACCAAAGUAGAUUUUCGUAUAAUCUUUAUAAUACGCUUACAAGAGCAUUUAUGCUGGAAAAUGGAAAGUUUUCUGAGGAAGAAAUGGAUAAAUUUUUAACUAUGACAGUAGAAUUUUCUCGAUACAUGCAAGAAGGGAUACCUAUAGUCAAACUGUUUUUUGAUGAAUAUUUAUAUUACAAUACAGGAGAGCAUCUGGUAGAGUUACUCGAUUUGUUGCAAUGGAUGACUUCUGUAACAGUAACUGAGUUGCAAGAAAACAUUUUGAUACAUGUGCAGAAUAUAUUUUAUGAAUCAAAUUUGAAUAUGAAAUGUAAAAUAAUUCAAUCUCUGCAGAAACUAAUUACAAACUUGUUUGUAAGAUACGGGCUUGAACAACAGGGCCAAUAUGCUUCAUCCUUUUUGCGACAAGGUCAACUAGAAGAUUUACCAGAAAUUGUGUCUACUGUUGUAACGACAGUAGAAAAUCUUAUUGUGUGUGGAUUGAACAUACAUAAUUACAAUAUUACAUUGUUGUCAGAAAUUUUGACAUUUUAUGAAGAGGUCUGUACAUUAGAAAGCCAUAAUCUAUCUCGCCAUGUACUAUCUUGGACAUUACCGCCACCAGCAGUCAUCUAUGGAGCAUUUAGUACGAAGAGUUGUGCUAUUUUGUCGAGACUUUGUAGAUUACUACUGAGAUAUCGCGAAAGGAGUUCACAUUUACAUCAGAUUAUGCCACGAGACAUAUAUAAAAUAAAAGUUCACACUAUAUCUAUGUAUGCAAAUGAUAUUCAUAAAGCACUAUGGAAUGAUGAGCCUUUUAGUAACAGAAAGGAUGGCAAACUUCUGAAAAAUCUUUCAAAAAAAGUGAUCAAUGAUUUAGGAGAUUGUGAUCUAGACACUUUAUUGAAUAUUAGCAAUCACUAUGCUAUAUUACUCUUCAGAUGCACAAUAAAUGAAACAGGCUUAAAUAUAAAUACAAAAGAAGAGGCAAAAACCAUGGCUUUUCACUAUUACCCUGCAGUAAACGAGUUUCUUGCUGCAUUUGAUGAAUGAGAUAUACUUUAACUUUAAAAAGAAAUGUGUCAUACUUUUUAGCAAGUUGACUAAUAAUAUAAAUGUAAAAAUAAUUAAAGAUUAAGUUGGGUUAGGUUUAAGAUAUUUCUCAAUAUUGUAUAUACAUAUUUAUAUGCAUUUUUAUUUUUACAAUUAAAAAAAUUUUAAAUUGUUUUAAACUACUUGCAAGUAAAGUUAAUCUUCAAUGUAAUUAUUUUUGUAUUUGUAAGUAAAAUAAAAAAAGUUCAAAAAGAAUUGAAUGAUAAUAAUGAUACUUGGAAAGAAAGUAAGCGAUGAAAAAGAAGACAUUACGAUAAAGGACAACUAAACUGCUCUCUACCUAUGAAGAUACACACUGCUACUUAUGGAAAUUUAUAUAUAAGAGUCAGUUUAUUGCAAAGUAUUGACUGAAUCUGCUGUCAAAGUGUUAACAUAUUUUCAACACUUUUGAAAUAUUUAUAUUUAUUAACAUAUAUUAUAAGAGGAAUGAUGUAUAUUAUUACUUGAAUCUGAAUCAAUCAUGAAUAUACUUGUAAAGGAAAGCUCAUAAUAUUUUGAUAGAAAUUAUUUUAAAUAUCUUUCUGUAUCAAGAGAUAUUUCAUACUAAAAUUGAAUAGAAACUAUAUGAAAUAUCUCCUGAUAAUUCUCGUAAAUAAUGUUCGACUAAUAAAUAAUCAUAUUAAAAAAGCAUUUACAAAUACUUUAUUAUUAGUAUUAUAGUAUUUAAUAGUGA